UGUUCGUACCGCGGGCACUGUUGAAUAUUGAUCGAUUUCCAAUGCGGUUCUGCAGGAGAAUAAGGUUCGAAACGGACGGACGAGAAUAGCCGGGUUGGAAACCGAUACCGGUUAUUUGCCUCGGGGUUGAUCAUCCCGCGGUAGCGGUCAACGUUUUCAAAACCCUUAUCAUAUACUCCUACACCGUAAAACCGUGUAGGGUAGGUAGGCAAAUGCAAAGCGCGAGCAGGUAUUUGGACCUGCAGCGGAAUAAGAGGGACAAAGGCCAAGGUAUGAGACUCUCGCUGCGAUGAUAGGCGGAGUCUAAAUCAACGCGCGUGUGAGAGAGGGCACGAUGACUGACCCUAAAGAGUUGGACUGAGGAUCAAACGUGCUUUGAAAGAUAAGUGGAGAUCGACCGUUUCGUUUGGCUAGUCGCACUGGUUAUCUCGUUUUCUCUUUCACGGUGAACGGCGACGGGUUUCGAUCUUCGCUGUGCAGGUCCAGAGUAGUGUUUUGGUGCUCUCUCCUUUGCUCUUCCCUUUUCGGAUUGUUCGGGUUCGGUUCGGAGAAUCACCUGUUCCUAUGGUGCAGCGCCAGCAGGAGAUUCGAUCGAAUCGAUCUUCUUGACCGCGGGAUGUUGGCUGUGCCGGGGAAUCUCUUGGGAUGCUGUCGAUCGGGCUCGAGCCCACUGACCAGUUCAGUUGAUUACGAAACCUCAACGCAAUUAGACGCGCUUUUUUGGGAGCUUCGAUCGCCUUCGCCGCAGUUUGAAUUCGGUUCGGAGUUCGACCGCAGACAGAGUUUUGCGUGUGUUUUGUGAAUUUUGAAUUGGAAGAUAAGAUCAAGUGCAAAUUGUAUUACUCGAGAGGAAGUGGAGAACAAGUUUCGAUCGAGGAUUGAACUUUAAUGACGGUUAAUUGCGCGGUGAUUUGAAGGAGUGGAAAAAAGUAGCGUAAAAGAUCUUUCGCGGCGUGCGACAGUUCGAUCGGGCGUUGAUCGUGCGAAUAAAGUGAAGAAUUUGAUAAUUGGAUAAGUGAUUUUCAAGGACUUGAAAAUGAGUUCGGCGUACAUGCAGUAUCCUUCGAUGAUGUACGGUGGAGGGUUGGAAUCGACGUACAAUCAUUACGGAAUUACAACCAGUUCUCAGUGUUACGGUUAUGCUACGGACGGAACUUCCUCGGAAGGCUACCAUAGUCCGGGGCCGGUUCCAAGUCCGGAGUCGUACUAUGCAUCGCCAGGAGAGUGCAGUCCUCAGAAUUAUAACUACGGAUACAAUGGAUCCACUGGGUACACUGAACCUUACUACAACUACACGAAUGACAACUUCAAAACCGCUUGUCCAACGAUUCCCAAACUGAUACCUUCGAGUAGUGUCACAUCGAAUUCCGGGUUUUCCAGAUACUCCCCAAAUAACUCCGGCAAACAGUCCAGCUUGGAUAGGAUCUACAGCCCGUACACGGUUCCUACCAAAGUCAGUCGAAGUCUAAAUCUGGGUAGUGUGCCAUCCAGUUCGCCGACCCCUAGUACACUCAGCACUACCAGCAGCAGUGGCGACUCCGGCAGUCUGGGCCCCAUUGCCCCUGGGGUAAUUCUGCAGCCGGAGAUUACGAAGAAACGUCGGUUGGCAGCCAACGCACGCGAGCGGAGGCGUAUGAACAGCCUCAACGAUGCCUUCGAUCGCCUGAGGGAUGUGGUGCCUUCGCUGGGCAACGAUCGGAAGCUGUCCAAGUUCGAGACUUUGCAAAUGGCCCAGACGUAUAUUGCUGCGCUGAAUGAGCUUCUGUCGAGGAAUUGAAACUGACGGCUUUUAUUUAGAUAUGAUAGUAAGGUAAUUACGUUCCCAAAACCAAAACUUUUCGAUAUCUGAUCGUGUUAAGGAAGGUCAUACAGGUUUUUAAAUCUACAUACAUAAAUUCAGGACUUUAUUCAGAUAGUGAGUGAUGCAUUGCUUUAUUGAAAUUGCUUGAAUUCGAUCAAUUCAAGAGUUUCUGUCAUCAAUAAUGUAGCGUAAACUUUGUGUGUAUUAUUUAGCCUUGAGUGUUUUAUACGUACAUAAUCUGUUUGCUAGCAUACCAAUAAUUAGAUUUAAAUAAUUCGACUUAGCUCGUUCGGUAGCAAUCAAUUACUCAAGCUGUAAAUAAAAUACGCUAGUUGCAAGUUCCUCGAUAAUUGUCCUCUAGCCUUGCAUAGAAACAAAAAAAAAAAAAGAAGACAGAAUCGUUUAACCACUAAGUAAUAAAAACAAAAAAACACAUCACCCUGGCUUAAAGUGUUUAUAAACUUGUAAAUAGUAGUUACUUUUAUCCAAACACCUCGGCAGCUCUCGUGCUUGUUCACGUCCUCCGGUCCAGACGGCGGCGGUGGCAGCGACGACAACGAAGACGGAGGCAGUGUCCAAUUAUCAAAUUACCGCCACCGAUGAUCGUUCGAACGAUCGAUCGAUCGAUCGUUCGUCAGCCUCUACCGCUAACUGACCGCGCAGAGCUCUGCGACCACAGAGGGCUGCUUGAUUGCUGUCGGGUGUUUUGGGCGCGCGCUGCACAGGAAAAAUACACUCAAUGUGGACUGAUUCGAUUAGGUAUUUAAAUUAUGGAAACUCAGAGAAUAGUGUGUAAAACUGAGGUAACAACCUUUAAUAAACACGUUUAGGACGCCAGAGAGCUGGCCCCUGUAGGGGGACCUAGAGGGAGAUAAGCACUAGGAAACCAAGAGAAGAAAGACUUGUGUACGUAAGUUAGGCUGUACUGUUGCUCCGAAGGCAGAGAUUAAGUGAGGGAGUUAGAACGCAUUUUUUUGAAUGAGCUCCGGUGAGGACGGUGUGUAAAUAUACGAAACGAAAAUAAUUGUGCAAUUGAGAGAGAUGCUGAGAGAAGCGGAUAGAUAGGCAGAAGUAUGAGGAGGAAAGAUGAAACGAAUCCAAAUGGAAAUAAAUGUGUAACAAAUUAUUGGAAUUAUAAAUUGUGGGUUUCGUUGAAUGUUUAAUCCGAAAGUGCCAUUAGUAGGUGACAAGGUAUCGUAUGUUUUGUAUU